GGGUGUGCCCCGCCUCUCGCUCGAGGUCAGCAUGGGCCCUAAUGAGGGCAAGCAGUAUAGAACAAAAUACAGCUACUUUUGCAUUACAUUGAGAAAGAAAGAUGCCGAUAUGGGCUUCGGAGGACGCUGCUGCUGCUGUUUUGCUCUCUCAAACGGCUAUGACACUCCCACCAACCUCGGCGAUCUGGGACAAGACCUGAUCGGACCUCCAGCUCAGUGUUUUUCAACGACUGUGCCGUGGCACACUAGUGUGCCGUGGGAACGUAUCCAAUUUCACCUCAUUAUUAUCCGCAAAUAAUGUGCCGUUGCCGAGUGUCUGUGCUGUCUAGUAGUGAUCGGCAGAGUAACCAUGUAAUACACUUCCAUAUCAGUAGGUGGCAGCAGGUAGCUAAUUGCUUUGUACAGGCAAAAUAAUCGAUGCAUGGAUGUCAGAUGGCGAUGACAGUGGUAUUGUGGCGAGCGAAACAGUGAUGGACAAGUUUUUGAAAAGGAAAGAUGCUAACUCUGAACUGCACCCUGGAAAAAAAUCAGACCCAGAUGAAGGCCCAAGUAUGAGGGGAGGUGAAAAGAAAGCAAAGACGGAUAACUGAAGCAAAAUCUCUUGCACGAGGCAAUACUAGCUGGCUUUCAUUUGGAUUUACUUUCACUGGGGAUGCAAGGAAACGACUACGUGUGUGGUGAAAAGAUACACAACAAUACUCUGGUCACAAAGUCCGGGAUUGGUUAAACAGAUUGAUGCCACUUGCGAGGCGCACCUCUGAGCCCUCUCAGGUGUGAGUAAAGAGGAGAGGAUCGUUCAGUGAUGCAGGACAACCGAGACGAUGUUCUGGGGCUACAGCCACAGACACAAUGCCUACGAUGUGGGAACGCACUGGACUGGUCAGAGGCGCACCGCGUCCUCCAGGGCUGUUCAUGCUGCGCCACAGUGGAUGAAACCACAGAGAACGUACCCACAGGCUCGGCCAGGAGAACCAAGGCACAGGAGAGUCAAUGGCCAACUGGAAGAGUGGGUGACAUUGAAUUCAUUGGUGCCACCAAAACAAAAGGAAAGUUUUUGAGAGCGCAGAGCGAUACCGACCCAGCGCUCAUCUUCCAGAUGCUGACAGAGGAGUGGGGUCUCGCUGCUCCACACCUGGUAGUUGCACUAGUGGGAGGAGAUGAGUUGGCUCAGAUGAAGCCCUGGCUUAGGGACACUCUCAGAAAAGGUCUUGUGAAAGCGGCACAGAGUACAGGGGCGUGGAUCUUGACUAAUGGUCUUCGAUUUGGCAUCACCAAGCACUUGGGCCAGGCUGUACGAGAUCACUCCUUGGCUAGCACGUCUGCAAAAGUUCGUGUGGUGGCCAUUGGCAUCGCACCCUGGAACAUGAUCCACAACCGAGAGGCAUUACUCAGCGCCAAGUUGGGUGAGCCAGCAGUGUACAAGCCACAGGACUUACCCCAUGGGUCGGUUUAUUCCCUGGACAGCCACCACUCUCACUUUGUACUGGUGGAGGAGGAUCCAGGCAGACCUGGAGCUACCAGUGAAAUGAGAGUGAAGCUGCUGAAACACAUCUCUCUUCAGCGCACAGGCUAUGGAGAUACCGGAAGUUUUGAGAUCCCUGUCCUAUGUCUGCUGGUCCAUGGGGAACCUCGGAUCCUGAAGCGUAUGUGUAAAGGCAUUGGCAAUUCAACACCGUGGCUGAUUUUAGCAGGCUCAGGAGGUGUGGCUGACAUCCUUGUCACACUCAUAAACAGGGGCUGCUGGGACACAGAGAGUGUUCACGAGCUGCUGCUGGACACCUUUCCGAAUGUCUACCACAGCACGGACGUCAGAAACUGGGUCAAGCUGAUCCAAAAGAUACUGGACCAUGGGCAUCUCCUGACUGUCCAUGACCCUGAACAAGAAAGCUCUGAGCUGGACACAGUCAUCCUCAAAGCUCUUGUCAAAGCUUGUAAGAGUCAAAGUCAGGAAGCCCAAGACUUCCUUGAUGAAUUGAAGCUGGCUGUAGCCUGGAACCGUGUGGACAUUGCCAAGAGUGACAUCUUCAAUGGAGAUGUUGAGUGGAAGGCAUGCGACCUUGAAGAGGUGAUGAUGGAUGCACUGAUCAAUGACAAGCCAGACUUUGUGCGUCUUUUUGUCGACAACGGCGUUAACCUGGGAGAGUUCCUCACCUACGGACGCCUACAGGAGCUUUACUGGUCAGUGUCGGAGAAGAGUCUCCUCCAUAACCUGCUCCUUAAAAAGUAUGAGGAGAAACAACGUCUGCUUGGUACUGCAAGGACACCUGGGCCUCCUGGGCACUACCCCACUGAGCAAGGGGAACGAAAACCCCGUUUCACACUUUAUGAAGUUGCCAAAGUGCUCAAGGACUUUCUCCAUGACUCCUGCAAAGGCUUUUACCAAAAGAUUCCCACAGAAAAGCCAGCAAAGGGUCGACUGUUCCACAGCCAGAAGAAUCUGGCUGAACUGGAAGAGCGAUGCCAACAUCCUUGGAGAGAUCUUUUCCUCUGGGCCGUCCUUCAGAACCGACAGCAGAUGGCUAACUACUUUUGGGCCAUGGGCCAAGAGGCAGUGGCAGCGGCGCUGGCGGGGUGUAAAAUUCUGAAAGAGAUGGCACGACUUGAAUCUGAGGCCGAGUCUGCACGUAGCAUGAAGGAGGCCAAGUAUGAGCAGUUUGCCCUUGAUGUCUUUGGAGAGUGCUACUCCAACAGUGAGGACAGGGCGUAUGCAUUAUUAGUAAGGAGAACACAGUGCUGGAGCAAAUCUACAGUCCUCAACCUGGCAACUGAAGCUGAUGCCAAGUCCUUUUUUGCCCAUGAUGGAGUGCAGGCUCUCCUCACAAAGAUUUGGUGGGGAGCAAUGACAACAGACACAGCCAUCUCCAAACUUGUUGUGUCUUUCUUCUGUCCGCCUCUAAUCUGGACUCAUCUCAUAAAGUUCUGUGAUGAGGAGCUGGAUCAUUGUAACAACGAGGAACAGUUUAUGGAGCUGGACAGUUUGGACACGGAAAAGGUUCUACUGUUAACUGAUGAAGAUGACCCACUGGACUCUCCACCGGGAGGCCCAGCAGAUCAGAGCUGUGCAGCAGUGUGGUGGCGUUUCUUACUUCGUCGUUGGCGUCGUUUCUGGAGCGCUCCUGUCACUGUGUUCCUCGGUAACGUCAUCAUGUACUUUGCCUUUUUGUUCCUCUUCACCUACGUGCUCCUGUUGGACUUUCGCCCACCACCUCCCCUCGGCCCUGGAGCCCCAGAGAUAAUGCUCUACUUCUGGGUUUUCACCUUGGUGCUGGAAGAACUUCGACAGAGCUUCUUUUCAGAUGAAGAGUUGAACAUCUUGAAGAAGUUCAAGCUCUACGUGGAAGACAACUGGAACAAGUGUGACAUGGUUGCAAUCUCGCUCUUUGUCGUUGGCGUUUCCUGCAGGAUGAUUGACGGAACCUACGAGGCAGGGAGGACCGUUCUGGCUAUAGACUUCAUGGUGUUCACACUGCGGCUGAUCCACAUCUUUGCCAUUCAUAAGCAACUGGGACCAAAGAUCAUCAUCGUGGAGAGAAUGAUGAAGGAUGUCUUCUUUUUCCUCUUCUUCCUGAGUGUGUGGCUUAUCGCGUACGGGGUGGCCACGCAGGCUCUUCUCCAUCCAAAUGACCCCCGGAUUGACUGGGUGUUUCGCAGAGCCUUGUAUCGACCCUACCUGCACAUUUUUGGCCAGAUUCCCCUGGAGGAAAUAGACGCUGCACGGAUGCCUGAGACGAACUGCACCAAUGACUCAGAGGAGAUUAUCAUGGGCCGACGGCCACCAUGCCCUAAUGUUUAUGCCAACUGGCUGGUGAUCCUGCUUCUGGUCAUCUUCCUUCUAGUCACCAAUGUCCUGCUGCUCAACCUCCUCAUUGCCAUGUUUAGCUACACAUUCCAAAUUGUACAAGGCAACACUGAUAUUUUCUGGAAGUUCCAGCGAUAUAACCUGAUUGUGGAGUACCACAGUCGCCCAGCACUGGCUCCACCAUUCAUUAUCAUUAGUCACCUCUCACAGCUCCUCCUCAGCCUUGUUAAGCAGCCCGAGUCCAAGCAGGAGCAUCUUGAGCGAGAGCUGCCAGCUGGGUUGGACCAGCGGCUGAUAACAUGGGAGACCGUACAGAAAGAAAACUACCUGGCAAAACUUGAGCGCCAACAUUGGGACAGCAGCGACGAGCGACUCAAGAGCACAUCCUCAAAGGUUCAAAGCUUGCUGAGGAUUAUCGGUGGGGUUAAGGACCAAGAGAAACGGCUGGCAUCCCUGGAGGCUCAAGUCAGAUACUGUGGUGAGGUGUUGUCCUGGAUGGCAGAAUGCUUUAGUCUCAGCACACUGAAAUGUGGGAAAGAGGCUCCAACUGCUCCAAGCUGGAAGGCAAGCAAUGAUGCCCAUCAAAAUCAACCCAAGAAAAAAGACAAAUAAGCAAACAUUGUUACACUGAACAUGAAUACAUACCUGUCAACACUGGCAUUUGAAAAUAUGGGACAUUUUCCGGGAAAUAAAUAAAAUACAGGUCAUUUGUGGGAAACUAGUUCAACGGGAAGGCGACGGGCGAAAAGCGGGAGUUUCCCUGGGAAAACGGUAUGGAUUGGUAAGUAGUAAAAAUUUUAUAUUGACCACAUUUAUUUUAGACAUUCUGCAGAAAUAUAUAGACAAACUGAUAUGGACUCCACUCUCCCUUUUUAACGUAUCUUAAUGUAAUCAAUAUUUUUGGUGAUUUUCUUUCAUUUCUGUUGAUUCAUUAUGACUGUCUGUGUCAUCCAUCCUUCCAUGACAAUAAUGACAAUGAUAAUAUUUACUUCUCUUGAAAAUUUUAUUUGUUUUUAAGUGUCUAUCUGUACAAUAGGUUAUACAUUAUGUCUGUAUGUCAUGGAUGAGAACGUUUGUUCUCCUUUACAUCUUGUGGGGAAGAAAAUAAAAGAAGAAGAAAAAGAAAAUACAUUGCAUAAAAACUGUGAUGCCAGCUUGUUUUUUUUUUUUUUUUUUAGGAAAGAUACAAUUUAAACGUGCCAAAUAUUUUAA